CCCAACGGCUAGGCGGCCGGGCCGAUCCCGCCCAGAAUCCCCAUGACGUCACCUGCGGCGGCAGGCCCCGCCCCUGGCCCUUGGGCGGCAGGCCGCAUGACGUCACCAAGGCCCCACCCCUCCGGAACGAGUUCGGUCCUGGCGUUCAUUUCAUUCCAGUCCUCAUUCCGAACAUUCUUAACAUCGCUCGCGCUGCGCCGCGCCGCCCGAGCCGAGCCGAGCCUCUGCAGCCGCCGCCGCGGCCCCGCCGCCCGCCGCGGGCGCCCACCAAGCACUUUGCAGACUCGCUUCCACCCUGCGGGGCAGUCCGCGCGGUGGGGCCCGGGCCCGGGGCGGCCGCGUCCAGGGACAGGCCAUGCAGUGAAGCCCCCCCACCCCAUCCACCUUUGCCCGGAGCCGCGGGCAGCAGCUCAGUGCGGCCAGGCGGCCCCGGGGCAGGAACGGUGCUAGGCAGGGGUCGGGUGGCCCAGCCUGGGGACCGGGAGCCGGGCACCGAGCGGAGGGCGGGGGAAGCGGCGCCGAAGUUUGCCUUGGACGCGCCGGGUGCUGCGGAGGCUCCCUUCGCCGAGGUUUAUUUUCUUGAAAACGCUCCAGGCUUCGGCUUGGAAAACCCAACCGCCAAAAUUGAGCCCAGCAGCUGGAGCGGCAGUGAGAGCCCUGCCGAGAACAUGGAGAGAAUGAGUGACUCUGCGGAUAAGCCGAUGGACAACGAUGCGGAGGGAGUCUGGAGCCCUGACAUUGAGCAGAGCUUUCAGGAAGCCUUGGCUAUCUAUCCACCAUGUGGGAGGAGGAAAAUCAUCUUAUCAGACGAAGGCAAGAUGUAUGGUAGGAAUGAAUUGAUAGCCAGAUACAUCAAACUCAGGACAGGGAAGACAAGGACCAGAAAACAGGUGUCUAGUCAUAUACAGGUCUUAGCAAGAAAGAAAGUUCGAGAAAUUCAAGCCGCCAUUAAGGUGUCUAGUCACAUUCAGGUUCUUGCCAGAAGGAAAUCUCGUGAUUUUCAUUCCAAGCUAAAGGUAACAAGCAUGGAUCAGACUGCAAAGGAUAAGGCCCUGCAGCACAUGGCCGCCAUGUCGUCAGCCCAGAUUGUAUCGGCCACUGCCAUUCACAACAAGCUGGGGCUGCCUGGGAUCCCGCGCCCCACCUUCCCAGGGGCGCCGGGGUUCUGGCCGGGAAUGAUACAAACAGGGCAGCCAGGAUCCUCACAAGACGUCAAGCCCUUCGUGCAGCAGGCCUACCCCAUCCAGCCAGCGGUCACAGCCCCCAUUCCAGGGUUUGAGCCUGCGUCAGCCCCAGCUCCCUCAGUCCCUGCCUGGCAGGGCCGCUCCAUCGGCACAACCAAACUUCGCCUGGUGGAGUUCUCAGCUUUCCUCGAGCAACAGCGAGACCCAGACUCGUACAACAAACACCUCUUCGUGCACAUUGGGCAUGCCAACCAUUCUUACAGUGACCCAUUGCUCGAAUCAGUGGACAUUCGUCAGAUUUAUGACAAAUUUCCUGAAAAGAAAGGUGGCUUAAAGGAACUGUUUGGAAAGGGCCCUCAAAAUGCCUUCUUCCUGGUAAAAUUCUGGGCUGACUUAAACUGCAAUAUUCAAGAUGACGCUGGGGCUUUUUAUGGUGUAACCAGUCAAUAUGAGAGCUCUGAAAAUAUGACAGUCACCUGUUCCACCAAAGUUUGCUCCUUUGGGAAGCAAGUAGUAGAAAAAGUAGAGACGGAGUAUGCAAGGUUUGAGAAUGGCCGAUUUGUAUACCGAAUAAACCGCUCCCCGAUGUGUGAAUAUAUGAUCAACUUCAUCCACAAGCUCAAACACUUACCAGAGAAAUAUAUGAUGAACAGUGUUUUGGAAAACUUCACAAUUUUAUUGGUGGUUACAAACAGAGAUACACAAGAAACUCUCCUCUGCAUGGCCUGUGUAUUUGAAGUUUCAAAUAGUGAACAUGGAGCACAACAUCAUAUUUACAGGCUUGUAAAGGACUGAACAUGGUUAUUUAUAUAUAUAGAUAUCUGUAUAUACACACACACAUAUGUGCGCACACACACACACUCUCUCCAUUAUCGAAUGACUGACUGUAAACCUCACCACACGGGGGUGUGUGCCCUGGCCCUGAGGUCACCGCAACUUUUCUAAAUCCUGUUUGAGUGAAGUCAUUUUUUCAUGUGUUCAUACUAUCAUUGUAGCUGUGAAGUUUUGGUACAGUUGUAAAAAGAGAAAUCGAGUUGUUUCUAUGUGUUCUUCAGAUCCACAGCCCACAGUUCCUCGGGAAGGGUAAACCUUAAGAACCUGGGUCUCUGUCUGCAGAGACUUCCUAAUCGUGGUAGGAGAAAAAUGAGACAGAGCUUUUGCCAUGGGACGUUUACAGCCUUUAUACAAAUGUAUUUAGUUCCUUUUUUUUUUCCCCAACAUGAAAUUCUUGUUUUAAAAUACAAGUAAAAUUAAUCUUUAAAUAUAAAUGUAAAUUAGUACACAAAACUAAGAAUCUUUAGAUUUAUCUUUGUAACUAAUUAGGGUGGAAGUUAUAAAAGAAUGUAAUUCACUAAAUUAUUUUUUAAAUGAAACUUUUCUUUCUUUUUGAAACCAAAUGUUAAAAUAUAGCCUUAAGAAAUGCUUAGUAGAAAUAUUCUAAUGAGACAAAUUUGUACUUUUUUCCUCAAGGUUAAAACUAAUCUCCUAAUCCAUUAAACUCUUGAACAGGUAUUACAAAGGAGGAAAACUUCACCCCUUAUCCUUAACAUAUAUAGUAUAUUUAAAAAAUAUAAAAUUGUAUUGUACUAAUGUGAUGAUUAUUUAAUGAAAAGGAAAAGAUGACUCUUUUUGCAAUAAGUAGAUAAAUACUGAAAAUCUA